AUGGUACGGAAACAGAGUCGGGUAAAUAGUGUUUUCUUUUAUUUGGUAGUAUUUUUGAUAUCGAUGUUGCUAUCGUUUGGAGCCAAAAGGGCCUUCCCAAUCUCUAAAAAUGUUUUAAAUCUCGCUAAAACUACUCCGAUCACAAGUACUCGUCCGUUGAGUUUCAGUUCAUGGGGGGCAGGAUCUGAUGGUACUGCUAAUGGUGAUAAGAAAGCUUAUAGCACUCAUACCAAUAAUGAUGUUGGAGCAUCCAGUAGUUCCACUGCAACUGCAACAACAACUACAUCAUCUCAUAACUAUGAAAGUGCUAGUUUUAAAUCAUUGAUUAAUUAUGAUGUAUCGGUUGCAUUUCAACCGAAAAACCGUACUGAAUCGAAUUUGUUCAAGGCCAAGAACUCUCCCAAAUCGACUUCCGCCAUUGAAUCACCAUCUGGUGAAGAUAAUUUGUUUGUCUCUCAACAAUCGGAAGAUGGAUAUAUUUCUCUAGGUGUAGCCGAUGGUGUUGGAGGAUGGUCUGAAGCAGGGUAUGAUUCAAGUGCUAUCUCAAGAGAAUUAUGUGCUCAAAUGAAGGCAAUUUUUGAAAAUUCAAAUGAAAAAUUAUCAUUAACUCCAAAAAAUUUAUUGAAUAAUGCUUUUGAUAAUAUUUUACAAUCGCCAAAAGUCGAAAUCGGGGGUACUACUGCUUGUUUGGGAAUCUUAACUCCUGAUUAUAAAUUAAAAGUUGCUAAUUUAGGUGAUUCUUGGUGUGGUGUAUUUAGAGAUUAUAAAUUAAUUAAUGAAACUAGUUUCCAAACCCAUAAUUUUAAUACUCCUUAUCAAUUAGCUAAAAUUCCAAAACAAAUCAUGAAACAAGCCGAAUCUCAAGGUAAAAGAUACAUCAUUGAUAAUCCAAAUAUGGCUGAUGAAUAUCUUUGGAACUUACAAAAAAAUGAUAUUAUUAUUUUCGCCACUGAUGGUGUCACUGAUAAUGUUAUUGCAAGAGAUAUUGAAAUUUUCUUACAAGAUCAAUUUGAUUCAAAUUCAAAUCCUGAUUUAGAUAAAAUUUCGAAAAAAUUCGUUAAAGAGGUUGUUAAAGUUUCUAAAGAUCCUAAUUUCCCAAGCGCUUUUGCUCAAGAAUUGAGUAAAUUAACUGGUCAAAGAUAUUUGGGUGGUAAAGAAGAUGAUAUAACCGUAGUUUUCAUUAAAGUUACGUAG